AUCCUUAUUUUCACAACUUUUACUACAUUUCCGAAGCUUAUAAAACAAAAACACAAUUUCAUUUCAUUACAAUACAAAGUAGAUCAUAGAGAUACCAAAAAUAACGAUCAAUCAUCAUCAACAACACAACUUUUGCGUUCAAAUUUCAUCACUGCAAUUCGUGUUUCUGCAUUUGAGAGAUGAAUUCCAAUUAUGGAAAACCCAAUCCUCAAAAAUCAUCCUCUGUUUCUCUCGACAACUUCAAUUUCGAUCUUGAUCUCGGAAUCGGAUCCAAUCGAUCCAAAUCCCUAAAAGAUCAGAAAAACCCCAAUCCUUCUUAUUCCAAUUCCUAUUCAACUCCUUCAUAUUCAUCAGCGCAACCCAAAAAAACCACUUGGACCCAUCAACCCACUCAAACUCCGGCCGGAUUACCCGGUGCACCACCGUCGAUGGUUGGUGACAUCUUCGGAAAAAGUUGGGGAUCUACUCAACCGUCUGGUCCUAGCAUUGGGAUUGUUAAUAAAAACCCUAAUUUAUUUGGGGAUUUGGUAACCUCUGCUUUGGGUCAAGGUUCUUCUUCUUCUUCAAAUGUUCCUCUGAAAAAUGCAACUCCAAAACCUAAAAAUUCUUCUUUUUCAAUGUCAAAUGUGGCUGAUUCUUUGCCUAAACCUGCUAAUACAACAACACAGAGUGGUUCUACUUGGGGAUCAUCUUCUGGGAGUUUUAAUUUGAAUGCUAAUAAAACUCCCAAUCUUGGUGGUCCUUCGAUUCGAAGUGGCGUUGGUGUUGCUGCAUCUGGUACUGGAAUUGGUUCUAGUAACAAAGAUCCUUUUAGUUCAUUGGCUGGUUUUGGAUCUAAUGGAUCUAAGCAAAAUUCUACUCUUAAUUCAGCUGCUAAACCUCAGAAAAUUGAUUUAGAAGAUGAUGGUUUUGGAGAUUUUCAAAAUGCUUCAAAACCAAGCUCUAAUGCAUUUCCAUCAAGUGGUGGUAGUUCUGGAAUUAAUUUUGAUUUUACUGGUUCGUCCGCUUCGAAUAAGACACCGGUUCAAGCUUCUUCGGGUGGUGGUGAUCCAAUGGAUAUGUUUUUCACAUCUUCAACUGCGUCAUCUGGAGGUGGUGGUGGCGGUGGUGCAGCGGCAGCAUCAUCUGAAAUUGAUGAUUGGGGUACUGAGUUUGGAAGUGGAAACCAUGAUGUGGGUGGAACAACUACUGAGCUUGAUGGGCUUCCACCUCCUCCUGCUGGGAUAUCAGGUUCUGCUGCUAAAGGCAAAGGGAUGGAUAAUUACAAACAGGGGCAGUUUGCUGAUGCUAUUAAAUGGCUUUCAUGGGCUCUCAUCAUUUUAGAGAAAGCUGGUGAUGGUGCUGGCACGGCGGAGGUUUUGUCAUGCAGAGCUUCCUGUUAUAAAGAAGUUGGAGAGUAUAAAAAAGCAGUGGCGGAUUGUACUAAGGUUAUUGGAAACGAUGAAAAAAAUGUAUCUGUCCUCGUUCAGCGUGCUCUCUUGUACGAGAGUAUGGAAAAGUACAAACUUGGUGCUGAAGACCUGAAAACUGUGCUGAAGAUUGAUCCUACUAAUAGGGUUGCUAGAAGUACUGUUCACCGGUUGGCUAAGAUGGCUGAAUAGGAAAAAAUUCUAUCGCUUUUUCUUUUCAUUAUAACGAUAUAUACCGGGUGAUAUAAUAUGUAUGGACUGCUUCUGAUUGCUGUCACCCUUCAUAUAAUUUUCGAUGUUGGCUUUUUUUUAGUUCUUCUUUGUCUUGAAGUUAAUAUUCUUGCUUCCUUCAUCCAGAUUUGAACUCAAUAUUGAUUGUCAUAUUCUUUUUUUGACUAUAUAUUGUGAUUCAUAUAGAUUGUUUACAUAUUAAGAAACAUAUUUGUUAUUGUUGAACGAAA